CUACUGGAAUACUAUUACUCUUCAACUUGCUGGUACAAUGAUAAAUGACGCCACACUGUUCCAGUUAACUCCCUCCUCUCUGCAUAUAUAACCCACCGGAGGGAUAUCAUCGUCACAGCAGCAAGCCAGCAACAGAGAAGCCAGCACCACCACCACCAGAGGCACAGACAGAGACAGAAACAACAAUGGCUGCCGGCGUCGGCUUAUUGCUCGCCGUCACGGCCUUCUUGCUCUGCGCCGGCUGCAGCCGUGCCGACGCGCCGCGGCCGUACAGCAUCAGCCCGGAGGCGGCGCGGCAGCAGGCGGCGGACCGCGUGUGGCAUCUGCCGGGGCAGCCGGCCGUGCCCUUCUCGCAGUACGCCGGGUACGUGACCGUGAACGAGCCGCACGGCCGCGCGCUCUUCUACUGGUUCUUCGAGGCCACCGCCGGCGCCGCCGAGAAGCCCCUCGUGCUCUGGCUCAACGGCGGGCCGGGCUGUUCGUCUAUCGGGUUCGGAGAGGCAGAGGAGCUCGGGCCGUUCUUGGUCCAGAAGGGCAAGCCGGAGCUGAAAUGGAACCCCUACUCUUGGAAUAAAGAGGCCAACCUGAUGUUCUUGGAGUCCCCGGUGGGUGUGGGCUUCUCGUACACCAACACAAGCUCCGACCUGCAGAACCUUGGUGAUAAGAUCACCGCUGACGACGCGUACAUAUUUCUGGUCAACUGGUUCAAGAGGUUCCCCCAGUACAAAUCGCACGAUUUCUACGUCACCGGAGAGAGCUACGCCGGGCAUUAUGUUCCGCAGCUGUCGGAGAAGAUCUUUGACGGGAACAUGCAAGGCCCCAGGGAGAACUACAUCAACUUCAAGGGCUUCAUGAUAGGGAAUGCUCUGAUGGACGACGAGACGGACCAGACGGGCAUGGUGCAGUACGCGUGGGACCACGCCGUGAUCUCCGACCGGGUGUACGCGGACGUGAAGGCCCACUGCGACUUCAGCCUGGAGAACGUGACGGACGCCUGCGACACGGCGCUGGACGACUACUUCGCCGUCUACCAGCUCAUCGACAUGUACAGCCUCUACACGCCCGUCUGCACCGUCGCCGGCUCCUCAUCAUCUCCCUUCACCGGCCUCCGCGGCGCCGCCCCCAAGAUCUUCUCCAAAUACCGUGGGUGGUACAUGAAGCACCCGGCCGCAGGGUACGAUCCCUGCACGUCGGUGUACUCCGGGAUCUACUUCAACCGGCCGGACGUCCAGGCGGCGCUGCACGCCAACGUGACCCAUAUCGCCUAUAACUGGACUCACUGCAGCGACGCGAUCAAAUGGAACGACGCUCCCUUCUCCACACUCCCCAUCAUCCGCAAGCUCAUCGCCGGCGGCAUCAGGGUCUGGGUUUUCAGCGGCGACACUGAUGGGAGGAUCCCGGUGACGUCGACGAGGCUGACACUGAACAAGCUCGGGCUGAAGACCGUCCAGGAGUGGACGCCGUGGUACGACCACCUGCAGGUGGGCGGGUGGACGAUCACGUACGAGGGCCUGACGUUCGUGACGAUCCGGGGAGCCGGGCACGAGGUCCCCAUGCACACGCCGAGGCAGGCGCUCAGCCUCUUCAGCAACUUCUUGGCUGACAAGAAGAUGCCGCCCUCGGCCUUCCCCUAAACUCGUACAGUAUCCACGAACAGGAGGCAACUACUCGUCUGUUCCCGUGAAAGCCCCGCCCACGAGGGGAUUUACCUUUCUUUGUGAUCGGGUUUCCUUUUUUUGUUCUUGGCAAGUGUUACACAUGUAAUUCGAUUGGAACAAUCGUUAAUAAAGAAGCCUUUUGAUUGAUGA